CUCGUGGUUCCAAAAUGGCGGCCAGCACAGUGAGUAUGCUUUCCAAUUUCUUUUUUUUUGAGGUAAAUCAAUUACCAAAAAUUAUUUUUUCCUCGACGUUUACUGAAUGGAUAUUUUUUUCGUUCCUGCAAAAAGUUGUAAAGGUAGCCAAUUAUUUUUUAAUUUCGACCCAGUCUCGAUCUUUCAAUAUUCAACGGUAUUCAAACGAAGAAAGAACCGUGAACUUUUUUGACGAUCAGGGAUGAAACGAUAAAUAUUUGGCUAUUUAUACGUAUUUGGUGUAGUGUUCUUACAAGCAUAACACAGCUUUCACUUACUUCGAACACCAGCUGGUGCAAAUUUGUAAUUUAAUUUCAUUACAUGUCUUGUAGUAAAGCAACUAGAAAUGGAGAACGACAAGACUACUUGUUAGUUUGAUCAACAAACAAACCACAUGACAAAGAAAGAAAGACCAGUUCCUUUUCAUGUCUCCCUUCUGGUAAGGAUAUACUCAGGAAUUGUAUAUUAACCUAUAAACUUCAGUGAAGUGAUUAACAUGUAAUUUCUCCACAAAAUUCCCAUAUAUUAUACAGCAAACAGGUAAUGAGAAUAUUAAAACUUAUCAGGUAGAAGCUGUUAUCUUGAAUGAACACCAAAUUUUCGUAACUGGGGGUUAAAGAAGAAGGUGAAGAAGGUGGUCUUGUGAAAUUAUGAUUUACUCUACUGUUGGUCACUUUGUUAAGAUUUACCCCUACCCCCAAAAGUAUAUGACUAGUCCCUUAUUGUCACAGAUCGAUCCAUUUUCACACCUCCUCUCUCUCUCCCAAAAUGCUCAUUGGGGUUGUAAUACAUAAGGAACCUCUGAGUAGAACAUAACUGGAACCAACAUGCUAAGAAACCACAAAUAAGUGACCUAUGCCAGUAGCCAGAAAUUAUGCAGCAAGGGUGUAAGCUCUCUAGGUUGGUGCACAAACAGUGAGGCUAUGGGUGUUGAGCAGUAAGAUGAAGACAGAAAAAAGAGGGUCUGGACCACAUCUAUACAUAUCAGGCAAUGAAGGACUUUGUUGAAUUGGGUGUUAAUCUUUGGUAAAGGGGGGAUUUAAAGGAAGAAGUGAAUUGAAGCUCACCCAAGGCUUAGGGAAUUGUUGGUGUGAUGCAAAGUUCAGGGUUGUAAAAAUGCAUUUGAAUAAAACAUUGUAUGGAUUAGUUUGGAGUUUUGGGGCAGGAACUAUAUACUCCAUAUCUAAAAUUUUGUAGAGUAACCACUCCUUUCUGCAGUGUUAAGUGGACUGAAGCCUAACGAUGUUUAUUCUUAUGAUGUUGUAGGCAGGAGGAGUGGCUGGAACUGCUGUUGAUGUAAUUUUGUUUCCCCUCGACACUCUGAAGACAAGGCUGCAGUCAGUAGAAGGUUUCGUCAAAGCUGGUGGCUUCAGAGGAAUAUAUUCGGGGAUUGCUUCUGCCGCAAGUGGUUCAGCUCCUGCAGGUGAUGCAUCUAUGAUUCUUUUCCCUGAACUCUGUCCUUUUGACCCUUCAACUCCCACAAGUGACUAAGACAGAAUUAUUCCUUUCAAUAUGGAUAUAAAAUAAAGCAGGAGUGAUGAGAAUAAAGAAAAAUAUCAAUUAGGGGAUUAUUACUUGAUCCAAUACCAAUUUCCUUAACCCUUUUACUCCCACAAGUGACCAAGACAGAAUUUCUCCUUACAAUAUCAAUACAAUAUCAAGCAGGCAGGUGAUGAGAAUAGAGAAGAAUAUCAAUCAUGGGAUUAUUAAUUGAUCCAAUACCAAAUUCUCAUAAGAAUUGCAUGGCAGACAGUAAGGAGAAUAACUAACAAGAUAUUGGGGGUGAAAGGGUUAGGAAAAUUAAAUUCUUUACUAACUUUGGAUUUGAUGUUCAUCUCUUUCAGCUGCUACAUUUUUUUGUACAUAUGAACUGACCAAAAAUGUACUCAAGCCAAGGACAUCAUCGACAAUGUUCCCAUUUGUACACAUGUGUGCGGCAACUCUUGGCGAAGUCGUAAGUUAUCAUUAGCCCUUUAACUCUUAAACUCCCAAGAUCUCAUUAGUAAUUCUCCUUACUGUCUACUGUAGAGUUCUUGUAAUGUUAGUUUUGGGAAUUUGGUUUUGGAUCAACUAAUAAUCUCCUGAUUGACAUUUUUCUUUUUCUUAUUACGUGUUUGCUUGAUAUUGCAUUAAUAUUGUAAGGAGAAAUUCUGUCUUGGUCACUCAUGGGAGUUUAAGGGUUAAAUCUCCCUUAACCCUUGAAAAGGUGAACAAAGAUCCAACCUGUGAGAGUGCCACAGCUGAUUUCUAAACUUCAAUCCAAUACAGUAUCUUCUUUUUUUACAUUUAAAUUCAUACCUAAGUAAAAAAUCAUUCUAUUUAUGUGACAGGUAUCACUUUUUGUGAGAAAUCCAUUUGAAGUUGUGAAACAGAGAGCUCAAGCUUACACCCAUAUGAACAGUGUUCAAGCUCUGAAGUACACACUUGUACAAGAGGUACCCUGUACAUACCAGCAAAAAAUUUACAUUUAGAAAGUAUUUGCCAUAUUGUAUGCUUGGACACUUAAAAUCAUGUUGAUGCAUCUGUCUUUUUUGAGUCAAUAAUUGAAUAUCCAUUUAUUAAAAGUUAAUGUAAAAUAAGAUAAAAUUAUUAUCCUUUAAUGAUUAAUGAUGCUCAUUUUGGUAAACUGCUUUCUAGGGUGUUCGUGGUUUGUACAGAGGUUACUGGAACACACUAAUGAGAGAGGUACUGUGCCAUACAAUCCACUGUCCUUUAAUUAUUUAGAAGGACUUGGAUCUGUGAAAACUAGACUUUUCUUUGUCAAUUCUGCUCUAUAGGGAAAUUCCUGAAAUGAAAUCAGAGUAAAAUCUGAAUCAUUUUCAUUAUUGGUACAUCAUUAUUGUAUGUGAAAAUGAGAAAAUGAAGAUAAUUUCAAACAUUCUGAGAUUUACACUGUGAGGUACUAUUUUUCAUGUCUCUGAUUGGAUGAACAAUGUAUUUUCACAGUUGUUCACUUUCAAUCUCUGAAAUAUGUCACUCGGUAAGAAAAUACCUCAGUUUAUAUGAUAUUAAAACAUCAUACCAUGAAAAAUGCUUGAACCAUUUUUAUUCAUGAGUUGGGAUGCAUCAAAAAACUCUCGUUCGCUGUGUUCACUUCUUUUUUUUUAUGCAUUGCAAUGUGUGAAGAAAAAUUGUUUGUGCGCAUUUUCUAUGGAAUAAUCUUUAUUUUUUAUCAAAACCCACACCUUAUUUAUUUUCUUCAGAUACCAUUUUCACUGAUACAGUAUCCGUUAUGGGAAUUGUUUAAGGUGAGGAUCUCAACAACUGGACAUAAAUGUAAACAACAAACUAAAUAGAGAAAGAUGUUUUUUGUCUUGUCACAAGCGUGGGACAAAGAAAAAAUUCUGAGCCCCCGUGAGGAAUUGAGCCUCAGACUUUCGGAUUCCACACUCCGUUUAAUUUAUUUUUUAUGAUGCCUUACUCUCGUCAGAGUGUCUGGUCAUGGGAACAAGGCUAUCCAGUUUGGGCGUGGCAAUCAAGUAUUUGUGGUGCAGUUUCAGGUAAAAAAAAAAGAAAUUAAUGUUUACGUGGCUGCCCGAGUUUGUUCUGACUACAGAGGGUUAAAUAACAUGUUCCAGGCAUUCAGUUAGGAAAACGGAACAAAAAGUAAACGGCGCGAUAAAAGUGGUAGAACGCGACUCGACUCAAACCUCCUUCGUUUUCACUCCUCCGCUACAAUCGCACCGUUCCGCAACGCUAUUCGCAGCCAUAAAUCCCUUUAAGGUGGAUAGUGCAUGACGUCUUGUUCACAAUUAUCGUUUGAAUAGUGAUUUAUCCGUUGAACACCCGCCCUCUGAACAAAUGGGCCUUAGAAGCUACAGUGUAGAACUCUCCUUGAAAACUAAAUACGAUCACUCAUGUUUUCGUGAAGUUUUUUUCCGGUUCCACACAGUUAGAUUUAGUUCUUAUAGGUGAUUGCUUUAUUUGUGGCUUUGCGACACUCAGUUUGCGUUUUACAAUCACCCUAUCUUAGUCUCUUAAUUACCAAAUAUUUUCUCUUAUUGCAUUCUUCAGGUGGAUUUGGAGCUGCCGUUACGACGCCUUUAGAUGUUGCAAAAACAAGAGUUAUGCUUGCACCGGUAUAAGAAAUUAUAUUUCAAAAUUGCUCGUGUAUGCCUUGUCAAAAGUAAUCCACACUUGCGACUCAGUUUCAAAGGGUUUACUUCUCUAUGUUCUAUGAUUGGUCAAGGAAUUCGCGCCACCCACCCAACCAAUCAGAUUUAAAACUAAAGCCAAUCGCGUCUUGGUAACUCACGUUUUCCUGCGCUUUAGACAGUUUGCUUAUUUAUGAGUUUUCAUUGGCUCCUUGAGAUAUUUUUCAGCCAAUCAGAUUCAAAACUAAAGCCAACUAAGGUUUGUUCACUCAAGUUUUCCUGCUCUUGAGGUAGUUUGCUUGUUUUGUCCUUCGUUCUCAUUGGCUCCUUGAGAUGUUUCUCUAAAAUCUGAUUGAUCGUUGUGGUUUCUUAAGUUUACGGAUUUAGACAAAAGGAUACAGGAAUCGGAAACGGAGCAAAGCUGACUAAAGUGUCGUUGCAGGCCUUCAGCAAACUCUGGGAACUUUUUGCCUUAUGUACAGUACUUUGCUGAAUUAGAAUGUACAAGAGUGGUGGCCCUUUGCUAGGAAUAUUCCUCCGAGACAAAUAUCUACCUUUUUUCUGUUAGUCAGUCUUGCCAAAUGUGAAGAGCAAAAAUAUUAGUCAAAGACUGCAACAUAUUUUUAUUCUUCUUUAACAGAAAGAUUCUUUGUACACUCAAGCAAGUGUGACACAAGUGAUAAUUUUAAUCAAAUCUCAGGAAGGAUUUGCAGGGUAAGGUUACUUUGUACGUACUUACUUGUAGGUCUCAUACAUGAUCUCGUCCAAAGUUCUGUUUUUAAAUUUAAGCUCGCCAAAGCGUAGGUAAUCUCAAAAUUUCUGGAUUUUAUUAUAUGAAAACAAUGCUGCUUUUAUUUUCUGUAGUAAUGAAGUGCUGUGGUAUCUUAUUCUAUACGAAAUCCGAAAUGAGCGGCGGUCGCAGAGGUUAUCACAGAGGUUAACCCUGGGGUUGCCCGCUAUAGAGUAGCAUCACAUCCCUGCAUUAAGGAGCCAGUAUGCUCUUAAUACUAAAAAACUAUUUUUUUUUUCGUCUUCACAGCUUAUUUGCCGGGGUUACAAUGCGAACGACGUGGAUUUCUCUUGGAGGAGCAGUGUUCUUUGGUUUUUACGAGAAAGCUAAACAAGUUCUUAUGAAUAAGAUUGAAAGCUGACUAAUAUUUUGUACCUUUGUCGCACUGAAAAUCUACAAAAAAUAAAUGCAACAAGGCAGCUUUUUUAAAAUGUUUUUUAACAAUAUAACCAAGAGCGGUCUAAGUGUAAAAAGUUUAUGAAUCUGAACUCACAUUUGAAGCCCUAGCGAUGCAGGGAAUUUGAGAAAUGGCAAGUUUCCAAUUUGUUUUCACUCUCUGUUUUGUAGCUCAGACAAGUAUUUCCUCAAUGUUUUCUAAUCGCCGCUUUGAAAUCUCGUUAUUUAUUCUUCUAAUGAACAAUGUCGAGUUUACUGUCAUUUGUUUCUUUUCUCUGAGAAUGAAUCACAAGGCAGUUCAAAACUUUUACAAAGCGUCUCAGUUGAUAACCAUGCACGUCAGCGUCCAUUUAAUUCGCAAAACAGAUUCUCUCACUUCGGUAACGAUGAGCGCUAUUCGUUUUCGUUUCGUAAAAGCAAAAUCAAAUGUCAUCACAAUGGCUUAUCAAAACAAAAAAGGAAUACACCACAGAAAGCUGAUGAAAACUCAACGUUAAAACAAGCAACCACUUGAAGUGCGAGAAAACGUAAGCGACUAAGGCGCGGUUGGUUUUAGAUUGCAACUGAUUGGUUGAGAAAAGGAUACCAGUUUUAAGGAAGUAUUGCAAAAUCAAUGGAAUCCCCCAUUACUUGCGAUACAACUGAAAAUUGCUCUUUCAAAACAAGUAUUGAAAGUUUCGUAAAUUUUAUAAGCGAACGUCAAAGUUGAGAUGCAAUGAAAUGAGUAUUUUGAUACUUUUUGUGGAAAACAAGAGAAAUAAAAGCC